GCGGCGGAGAGGCGGAGCAGAGACCCCACCCUGGUCCUCCUCCGCUCCCCCGUCCCUGCCAGCAGAGCGGGGAAAGCGCCCACCCACCGGCCCCAGAACAAAAGGCUCUCUCUCCAGCCGCCAUCUGCCCUGCCCUGCCCAGCGCUGCUGCCUCCUUCCCUGCCGGGCAGGCAGCCUCCCCACCCCACCCCAGCCCCUGGCGUUGGCGCGCGGCCAGGCCCGGGAGUCUCCCGCCUGCCUCCUCUUCCUCCUCCUCCUCCCAGCCCUCUCAUGCCGGGGAUCGGGGCCGUGGGGGCUCGGUGCAGGCACCGCCCGAGGAGGCGCCCCCAAAAACCCGAGGAUGGCGGCCCCCACGCCGGCGGGGAGGGCGCGCUGGAGGCGGCCAUCUGGCUCUACCAGUUCCGCCUGAUCGUGCUGGGCGACUCCACGGUGGGCAAGUCGUGCCUGCUGCACCGCUUCGCCGAGGGCCGCUUCCCGGGGCCCGUCAAGGCCGACCCCACCGUCGGGGUGGACUUCUACUCGCGCCUGCUGGAGAUCGAGCCCGGCAAGAGGAUCAAGCUGCUGCUCUGGGACACGGCCGGCCAGGAGAGGUUCAGGUCAAUCACCCACUCAUAUUACCGGCAUUCCGUGGGAGGCUUACUGGUGUUUGACAUCACCAAUCGGUCUUCUUUUGACCACGUGUGCGACUGGCUGGAGGAAGCUAAAAUGCACGCAGACCCUUUCCAGCUGGUCUUUAUCCUGGUUGGACAUAAAUGUGACUUGGAGUCCCAGCGUCAGGUUCCCAGAGAGGAAGCAGAAGAGCUGGCUUCCGUCUGCGGCAUGAAAUACAUCGAAACCUCGGCCAAAGAUGCUACCAACGUGGAAGAGUCUUUUACAGUUCUGACAACGGAUAUAUAUGAACUUGUGAAGAAAGGAGAGAUCACGGUGCAGGAUGGGUGGGAAGGGGUGAAAAGCGACUACGUUCCAAAUGUCGGACAUUCCCCGGAACAGGAAGACUCGCUUGGAGAGCAGUGCCCCUGCUAAAAUGCUUGCAUGUCAAAGAGCUGUAUCAUAGGAUGAUGUGUUGGAGCAUGAGGCCAGUGUAUAUAACAGGUUAUUUAUGGAAAGGGUGUUGUGGUUCACUGGUAAGAGCAUCUGCUUUGCAUGCAGAAGUUGCUGGUUCAAUCCAUGACAUUGCCAUUUAAAAGAGAAAAGGGGUGAGGUGAACGUGAGAAGCCGAAAGACCGUUGCCUUGGCUCAGUAUAUGGCAGCCUCCUGUGCCUGUGUCUUUAAGAAGAUGUAUCCAAACACAGGGAAGUGACAAAUAGGUUCUGGGCUGCCUAGGACAUCCCAAGUCCAGCCGACAGGCUCCCGUUAAAAUCCUGAGAAUUACAUCAAAAUAAAUAUUUGAUGAAAUGUGAGAUGGCCAAGAGCCCAAAGGGCUGAAAACUGAUUUAAAAAGCAGCUUGAUUUCACUAUGUUGCUCCACUUUUGCAUCUUUAAAAAAAUACUGUAUAAGGUUUUUUUUUUUUUUAAAGAGCUCUGGUCUAUUAAAGCUUUGUUGAUAAUCACUUUAGAAUAUGGCUGUGAACAUCGUUGUGAGACAUGCAGUAUGUUGAUCACGUGUAGUUUGGCCUUCACCUUGUUCACGAAAAUAAGCCUGAAAUCGAUUUAAAAACGGCAGCAACCGUUAGAACAUUUCUAUGCGGUUUUGUGAUGGCUCCCCAUCUGCUUUUUAACAAGGCCCUCCUCUCUAACCUUGCUUGGUACACUAACGUCACAUCACUCAUCCUGGGGGGAGAUCAUAGGGAUCUAGCCACCUCACAAAGUGUCACGUUCCCUGUCCCUCCUUUAUAUCCUCAUGUCACAAAAAGCUCUCUUUUUUUGUGGUGAAAGGCAUGUUUUACGGAUUUGUAAAAGACAGACAAUGGUAGCAAGCAAAACUAUUUAUUUGUUCAAUUUCUACCUGGCUCUUUUCUGACUCAUAAGACACAACAGCAGGAUUCUUUGACUUUAUGUGGUGAAAAGCAGUCAAAAUAAAA